AUGUUCGGCUCAAGCAACAAGUUCGACCCCAACACCGACGACAUCCCGGACCUCAGCGGCCGCGUCUACAUCGUCACAGGCGGCAGCGCCGGCAUCGGCUACGGCAUCACAGCGCACAUCCUCCAGCACAACUGCGCCAAGCUCUACCUCCUCAGCAAGAAGUCAGAGCACCUAUCCGAAGCGCAAGAGGGCCUCAAGAAAUACGGCGACGUCUCCCGCAUCGAGGCCAUCCAGUGCGACUUCGAAGACCUGCACCAGACCCACGCCGUCGCCAAGCAGCUAUCUUCCCAAAUCAACCGCCUCGACGCCCUGAUUUUGAAUGCUGGGCUCGGCGUCGGGCUUUAUAAUGAGACCAAAGAUGGGUUGGACAGCCACAUGCAGGUCAACGUGAUCGCGCAGCACCACCUCGCGCGCGCGCUGCUGCCCAGGCUCGUCGCGACGCCCGACAGCCGCCUCUGCUUCCAGGCGUCCGAGUACCACCGCUUCGGCACAAGCGGGGUCGAGUUCCACGACGUGGCCGAGCUGAACACCGAUGUCGGGCCCAGCACGCUGUACGCGCGGUCGAAGCUCGCGCAGGUGCUGCUGUGUCGCGCGCUGUACCGGCGCAAGCAGGCCGGGCAGCUGGGUCUCGCCCCGGAGAAGGCGCCGUGGAUCAAUGCUACGCACCCUGGUGGGAUCGUCACGGACCAGCAGGAUCAGGCUGUGGAGGCGUACGGCACGCUGGGCAAGAUUGGCGUCAAGGCCGUGAGGCCGUUCAUGGACGAUCCGGUUGCUAAGGGUUGUCGGCCGAUGCUGUUCGUGGCGACGAGCGACGAUGUCGUGAAGGAGGGGAUCGAUGGCGCGUAUGUGGUGCCGGAUCGCAAGGUCACGGAUGUGAGCAAGCAGGGUAAGGAUGAGGAGCUGCAGGAGCGGUGCUGGAGGUUGGUGGAGGGGAUUCUGGCGGAGAAGUUGGGGCCUCUGGAGUACGCUACUGCUUAA